CUAACAGUUCACAAUGUGAAUUUGCUACAUGUAACAAAUGUUCUGAGAGAAUAAAGAAUAAACGCCAAGAAAAAAAAAUUAUUACAUCAAUAAAUCAAAAAACAACCCAAAGUAGUAGCAAUAUUACUGAUACAUCAAGUGUAAGCAGUGAUUUACAAAUUAUUGAGAGUAUAGAUUUUGCUAAUGAUCUUCUAGAAGUGGUGCCGUAUGAGAGUUUUAAUACUGAAGAUAAUAAUCAGAAAAAUAAAAAUACACUCCUAUAUGGUUUAAAUGAAAUAUGUGAAAUUACUUCAAAGAUAUUUGAAGAUGCAAAAGAAUCUAAUGAGUCAGUAAAGUUCAUCUUUGAGGUUGAGUUAGAUGAAGAUCUAAUUAAUACUGUUGCUUUAACUCAACAAGAUUUAGUUAAUACAAAUGAUUUAAAAAUAGUUAAAGAAAGAUUUAACCAGCUUGCUAAAAUACUUGCCAUACCACUAGACUCUGGCUUCAGCUAUUAUUGGGAAAUAAGAAAAACAUGGUUAAAAAGUUAUAAAAAAAAAUUUACAGGUUCUGCUACAGUACAUCUCUGCUGUACAAUGUGA